UUCCACAGUAAACAUAAAUAUUGAGUUCCGACUCGUAACUUUCGUAAACUUUAAUUAUUUUGCUCAAUUUAUGAAUCCAUUCUCUAAGGAUAUUAAUGUAAACUAAACUGUGUACUGAAAGUAUUUGAAUGUUACACUGAAUUAAAAACAAAAUUACUAGGAUUAGAAGUAUAGUUCAUUAUCUUGAUUAAGUAUUUACUAAAAUGUCCGACCCUACUAUUCAAACAUUUUGUUGUCAUCACACCGGCAAUAAUGAAGACUUAGCAGUAAGAAUUAUGAAUGAAUUUAAUACUGAUACAUAUAAUGCUGUAUGCUUGUUUUCUUCAUCAGUAGGAAUAUUAGGAUCUCUAUACCAGAUUUUUCCAAGCAUAUUAUCUGGAGGUAUACGUAGAUGGCAAAGUCUGGGAUCUACAAGAGGGCGGCGUAUUAUAAUUUGGCUGGCGGUUGCAGAUCUCUUAGCUUCUUUUGGUGUUCUGGUACGUUCUGCUUUGUGGUUACAGUACAAAAAUAUUAUGCCAAUGCCUGAUGAUGAUGUAAGCGUAUUAUUCUGCAGCAUAAUAUCUGCAUGGACACAGUAUUUUUAUACAGCCACAUGGUUCUGGACAUUAUUUUAUGCUAUAGAUACAUGGCAAAAUAUAAAGAGACGAGAUUCUCAUAUAUUAGUAUAUCAUUCAUUUGCAUGGGGUUUGCCUGCGGCUACUACAGGUGUAGGAUUAUCUAUAUUAUAUCUUCCAAAUGCUACAUGUCACAAUUUAACUUCAGUUUCAAGCGCACUCUUCAAAAUACUACCAAAUUAUUGUGCCACAUAUGUACCAAUAACCUUAGUAAUGAUAGUAAACCCAAUUAUGUAUGUCUUAGCUGGUAAAGAUGUGGAAAUGGCAGUUGCAUUGCCUUUAGCACAGUUUACUAGCACAGAGAGAAGAGUAGUGGAUACAUUGAGAUUAAAAUUUUUCCUCAUAAAUAUGGUUUUUUAUGUUUGCUGGCUGCCAAAUCUCAUAAAUGGUAUAUUAGUCUGGACUAUGUGGUUCAACAUGCCAGUGAAAGUCAUAAUUGUUAUAUGGUAUAUAAUGGCCUUAUUGAAUCCAAUGCAAGCUUUACUGAAUGCUCUUGUAUACCGGAAAUGGAAUACCAGUACCAUAUUUACACGUUCCGUUUUCAAAGUGAUGCCUAAAGAAUAUAAUUUGUAUGAUGAACAAUCGCCACUAUUGGGCUCGGAACCUACUCGACUUCAAUUGUCGUCCAUACCACCCGCCAUCAAUAACUAUGCAACUAUUUGAUAACACUUGUUAUUAUUGUAUGUGUAUAAUAAUUUUAGUACAAUAAAAUGUGAUAUUAAUACAUAGUCAUAAGUUUACA